CUCCUGUACAGGAUCAGGUCCGACUUAAAACCAGCGGCACCCUACACGGAUUGAUUCUGAAAUCCGAGAACUCAUCAGUGACCGCCGCGGGCUCAAGCGGCGAGAGGACUUGCCCGAGCAGGGAAAACAGGCGCAGCGCACAGUCCUCGGCAAGCAGAUCAAGAAUUUGAUAGCGGGAAUCGCAAGUGGAACGGCGUGCUGACAAAAUCAAUGCCAUUAUAUCGGAUGUUCGUGGCAUCGAGGAGAUAGGCCUGAUGUAGUCAGCUUCAAAGCGGCAACACAUUUCGAGAGCGAUUGACAAAUACGAGGCGGCACAGGACACGAAGGAAAACAUCGCCGGUGUGUUUGCUCAGUCAUACGAAGACUUGUACGCAAGCCAAGGAGCCCACAGCGAGCCUGUCCCGUCGUCGUCAGCUACUGUGCAGCCUUUCACGCGAGAAGAGCUGAAGCGACCCUUAAAGACGAUGAAGAAUGGGAAAUGGAAUGAUAGGUCGGGAGUAAUGGCGGAAAUGCUGAAGAACGGGAGCGAUAUCUUGCAUGAUCGUGUCUUGCAGCUGUUCAACGAGGUGCUCUGGCCAGAAAGUGAGCCGCCUGAAGCUUGGAGGCAAUCAAGAUUGGUCGUCAUCUUCAGGAAGGGCGACCCCGAGCUGCACCAGAAGUAUAGGCCGAUCGCAACAUUACCAAUUUUGUACCAGCUGUUCGCCAGAAUGGUCUGCGACCGUGUCCAGCCUGUCCCCAUGUCGAAACUGCCGCCCGAGGGGUACUCGACUGAGGACAGCUUACUCUCGCUAAUUUUACUUCUGGAGAAGUGCAAGGAAUAGAACCAAUGCGCAUGGCUGUGCCUCGUAGACUUCGAAAAGGCCUUCGACACAGUGGAGCACAACGCGCUGAGGAGAGUUCUCUGCGAUUUCGGCGGCGAUGUGCCCUACAUUGCCUUGUUGUAUAAGUUGUACCCGAAUCAGUUAGCUCUUGUCUCUACCAGAGUCGAAUCUCGGAUUUUUUGUUUGGCGCGGGAAAUCAAACAUGGCGACCCUGUCAGUGCGCUGCUCUUCAUUGCCGUUAUGGAGUCGUGUUUCAGGAAGCUGAAGGAAGGAUGGCAUUCUCUCAACAAACGGCGCACACAGCAGUACCACGGCUUCGUCAUCCAUGACCCAGAGGAACCGCUCACGAGCCUUCGUUUCGCCGACGACGUGCUGAUGCUCGCGCAGAUCAAUGCCGAUGCCCGCAAAAUGCUGGCCGACCUGAAGAAGGAGGCUUCGGUAUAUGGUCUCACCUGGGCAAAACGAAGAUCCUCA